AAUCAGCAGCAGUUCUGGAGUGAAUGGGUGGAGGGGCAAAGAAACAAUGAUGAGAACAUUUCUGAUCACGCUGUCCCUCUGCACUGUGCAGUGUCAGGAAGUGCUGAAACCGUUUGACUUGCUGUAUGAGGAGGGAAUCCAGGCGUAUUACAGAAAUGAUUGGGAAGGUGUUGUUCACUACAUGGAAGAGGCUACUCGCAGCUAUGCACAAUACAGGAGUAUUAAAGUACAGUGCCGGCUGCAGUGUGAGAAGCAGCAUAAACUCCAGGAAGCAGCCGAACCCAAUCUCGUGUCCUUUGCAGUUAUCUUAAGAAGAGCUCAUUGUAUCCAGGAGUGUGAGUCACGGCGAAUGGGUCCAGCUUCUAUGUAUAGGGUCAGUGAGGAGGUUGCACAUGAGUUCCAGAAACGUAUCGUCUAUAACUACUUACAGUUGGCCUAUUAUAAGCUCAAUGAAUUGGAUAAAGCAGCUGCAGCAGCUCACACAUUUUUCCAGGCGAAUCCUGAGCACAUGGAAAUGCGGCAGAGUCUGGAACGAUACAAGCUAAUGGAGGGAGUGAAGGAAUCUCACUUCAUCGAUCAGGAUUUGAGGCCAUACAUGGCAGCCUUCAGUACUGGUUUGAAACAUUACGAUGAAGAACACUAUGCCCUAGCUAUUGAUUCAUUUGAAGAGGCACUGACUCAGUACUGGGUCGCUGAGACUGAGUGCCGUGCAUUUUGCCAAGGACCACAAAAGUUUGAUGGUAACAAUUACCCAACCAAGAGUUCUCAUCUUUAUGCGCUCAUCGCAGAUCAUUAUAUCCAGGUCCUCCAGUGUGAACAUGACUGCGUGAGAGAGUUGGCAACACGAGCAGGCCGCCUUUCUCCCAUCGAGAACUACCUACCCAUGCACUACGACUUCCUACAGUAUUCUUACCACAAGGUUGGAAAUUACGAGAAGGCUUUGGAAGCCACAAAAUCCUACUUACUGAUUCAACCAACAGAUGAAGAUAUGCUGGAGAACCUGGAAUAUUACCAGAGUGUGCUGCAGGGUCAGGUGGAUAUGGAUCAGAUCACUCCUCGCCAAGAUCUGGUUUGGUUCAUGGAUCGCUAUCAGUUGGAGAAGGAGCUUCUUCAGUCAGUCAGCAGUGAGCUGGGAAUCAUCUACAUGGAUCCAAUUAACUGGACUGUCUCUGGAGCGAAACACGAAAAUCAGGAUCAUCCUGAGAGGCGGAUACCAGACAAGGAGGGAAGUUUAAAGGAGCCGGAAAUGCCAAUGAGCCAGAAGAGAAAGAUGGAGAGAAAGGUUCCGCAACAAAGACAAGAAGGUGGACCCUUGCUCUAUGACCGGGUAAAACUUGUCUAUGACUCGCAGCAAAUGAACGGGAGCCAACGAGUGCUCCUUGACGAUGUGAUCACUGCACAGGAAUGCCGCGAGCUGUUCCACUUGGCCAGUUCCAUUGCACUGGCGGGAGAUGGUUACAGAGGCAAGACAUCACCACACACACCUAAUGAGCGCUUUGAAGGAGCAACUGUCUAUAAGGCCCUUGUGUAUGGCUAUGAAGGUCGGAUCCCAUUGCACAGAGCCAGGUUAUUCUACGACGUUAGUGAAAAGGCUAGGAAGAUUAUUCAAUCCUAUUUCUUGUUGAACUCCACACUUUACUUCUCAUACACUCACCUCGUCUGCAGAACAGCUAUCGAAGGCCAACAAGACAAUCGUAAUGAUUUGAGCCACCCAGUCCAUGCCGAUAACUGCCUUCUUGACCCAGACGCCAAUGAAUGCUGGAAGGAACCACCAGCUUACACUUACAGGGACUACAGUGCUAUCCUGUACCUAAAUGGGGAUUUUGAAGGAGGUGAAUUUAUCUUUACCGAAAUUGAUGCUAAGACCAUCACGGCUGCUGUGAAACCACAGUGUGGUCGAAUGGUUGGAUUUUCAUCUGGAGAAGAGAAUCCGCAUGGAGUGAAAGCUGUCACCAAGGGCCAGAGGUGCGCUGUGGCUUUAUGGUUCACAUUGGAUCCACUCUUCAGAGAGUUGGAAAGAAUCCAAGCUGAUGAAGUGGUUGAGUUAAUAUCACUGGCUGAGAGACUGGAUGACAAGCUCAUCGUAAAUCCAAGGGAUGAAUUGUGAAAAAUUCUUCAUUCACAUAUUUAUUUAAUCUUCCCAGCGACCUUAAUAGAAUGUUCUAAUUUUCUGUACAAACUGUAAAAUUAAGUUGUCCAGAGAUACUUUCCCAGUGUUGAUUUUUGCAAAUUGAACUUUAUUGUAAGCUGAUAAUUACCUUAUGCUAGAGACUGAGUUCUGGGUUUUUCACUAAUAUUUGAACUGGAUUUUGCUAUCAGCUGUGAGAUGUACGUUUUAACACACAGUAACCCUCAGGGAAAAGAACAAGACACUUUGUUCAAGUAGCUGUGACAGAGGUUGUACCUCACAACCUUGGGACUGGCUGUGUGCAGCCUCCAAAUACACUGGCAGUGAGUCUGUGUACUUCCUGCUGCUCUGGGACU